UAAUCAAGUGAUUGACACGUGAUGGCUAGGCCUGAGCAUAAGGGACCUCCACAGAUAUUCUACGAUGAGCAGGAAGCCAGGAAGUACUCGAGAAAACUAAAAGGCAGCCCCACCCACCUCUCUCCGACGUACACAAUUAGUAAACUUUUAAAAUGGUGAAUUACUCGUCUCUCUGUGUCUACUGGCGAUGGCCUAAGAGACUUAGAAAAGCACAAUUAAUCUCCGUCCUUUGUGGAGGAUUCCUCAUUCAUCUCUCAUUAGGGUCACUAUAUACUUAUGGUAACCUGGCUCCAUACAUUAUCUCUUAUGUAAGGAAAAGAUCUCACCCGACCAACCUUGAGUUCACCAGUGCUACGUUAGUCUUUGCCUCUCAGAUAGCAGGCCAGGGUCUUAGCAUGGCUUUCGGCGGGUUCCUAGAGAAAAGGUUUGGUCCUAGGCUUGUGUCUUUGUUUGGUGGUUGGUUCAUGAGUUUAGGUGUACUCCUCACGUACUUUUCAAUUCAAAAGUCUUUCUGGCUCCUCCUCCUGACGUAUGGUUUCAUGUUUGGACUGGGUAUUGGUAUUGCAUACAUUGGUCCUAUAUCCUGUGCCAUGAGGUGGUUACCUAAAUGGAAAGGGAUUGCUACUGGAAUUGUAGUAUCUGGAUUUGGUCUGAGCGCCCUCAUAUUCAAUGCUGUACAAACCGCUUUCAUUAAUCCGACAAAUAUAGCUCCAGAUGAUGACACUGAUUAUUUCGAAGAUCCCAAUCUCAUUGAUCGCGUUCCUUACGUCUUCCUAGUCCUUGGAGGGUCCUACGCUGUCAUGCAAUUCCUUGGUUCUAUAUUUCUCGCUAAUCCAGUACCAGCUAGUGAAGAUCAGGGUCCUAAUGGUUAUCGGGCCAUUCCCGAUAGCGAUUUAAACGAAGGACGAAAGAGAAGCGAGUCUGAGGACAGCGUCUCUCUCUGUGAUCACAGUUACCAGGUCUCUUCCAUACAGAGGGAAGGUUUGGAGCGAAGCAGUAGAGCAGGUAGCAGCGACAGGCAGUCUUUAAACGAGAGUCUAAAGAAGCCUCAAGCCACUCGUCAUCGAAAUCGUGACUCCUCGUCUAUGGUGGAGUCCGAUUUGGAGAGGUCUGGCGCCUCGUGGACUUCUAACUACAUUUAUAAAGUUGCUCCUCUAGAACUCCUGAGGAGGCCCAAUUUCUACGUGCUCUGGACCAUGUUCUUGUGUGCUGGGAUAGCAACGGCGUUUAUAAGCUCGCUCUAUAAAACGUUUGGAUUAAAGACAAUCAGAGAUGAUCAUUUCCUUACUCUUAUCGGAGGAGUAAGCGCCUUCUUUAAUCUCCUUGGUAGGAUCCUCUGGGGUAUUCUUGCUGACCUCACUAGUUAUAAAUUUGCUUUCGUUUUACAAGGAGGCGUUGCCAGUUCGCUCCUCCUUACAUUGUACACAACGAAUGAUGAAUCAUACUUUGGUGAAACCGCUACUAAAGUGAUGUUCUUUGCAUGGAUCUGUGGCAUAUACUUCUGUAUUGGCGGAUACUUCUCUCUUUUUCCGACUGCCAUUGCUCGUUCUUUCGGUCAAGAAAAUGUAAGCAUUAAUUACGGAUUGCUUUUCACGGCUCAGAUAGUCGGAGGGAUUUUGGCAGCUUUUAUAUCGGAAAUACUGGUGAGUAAGAUACACUGGUAUGGUGUGUUCUUCGUUAUAGGUGGCCUUCAUAUUUUCGAGUUCUUUCUUGCGAUUUGUUAUCGUCACAAACGGUUCAUUCGUCUCAGGCAUCCUGCUGAUUUUCAUAACUCUGCUACUGUCAUUGAAGAAAGAUCGAUAAAGUUUCCAGACGAGAGUGACCUUGGAAGAAGUGGAGAAGAGAAAUAAGACAAUAAAAAUGAUAAUAAAUAAUUAAGGAUUAUGUUUGAUUUCUUAACCUUCUUUUAGUAUCCUCUCCCUCUCUCUUUCCUUUUCUUUUUGUACUUGUUUGUAAAUUGUAAUUUUUAAAAAUUCUCAAAUGUGAUACUUAGUGGAUCUAUACGUCAACUUACAGUAAA